GUGUUUGUAAUUACUAAUUCUGUGAUAUAGUGUCCACAGAUCACCUUUAUACAAGCGAUUCUAAAUAUUUUUAUCUGUGGCUUUGGCUUAUACAAACACUGAAAUUGAAGCUUUUGUAAUACAGAUUCUACUUCUCGUUUUUCUAUAUAUUUUGCUAUCAAUAUAAUAUAUAUUUUUUUAAUUGUCCCAAACAAACAUAAUGGCUCAAGAUUUAAUGGGUCAAUUUUAUACCUGUCUUAAUCUGCCAUUACAAGAAAGACUUAUAGAGCUGACAAGAAUUAUUGAUACAGGGCCAACUAAAGACUUGCAAAUUUUGUUUCCACAAUUAGUGAACAAUAUUUUUGCUUCAACUUUCAACAAUGGAUUUGGGCUGAGAACAAUUACCUUUGAUGGGGACAGAUGUGCUUUUGAAAUUUUAAUGAAAUUCCUAGAGCCUUUGGGGCCAAUGUUUCGCUUGUGUUAUAAGCUUUUAUCAGAUUCACUGUUGAAAUACAAUUUGCCAUUAAGUGUAUUGCCGUUAGAUUUGCAAAUGACUUUGGACAGAGGUAGAUGUCCUCAGUUUUAUGGAGAUAUGCUGACUUUGGAUCCACAAUCACUAACGAUGGGAGCUUUAGCUUUGAAUCCAUUUGACUAUUACAUAUUUAAUUUUGCCUUACAUUUAGUUAGUAAUAGUCAAAAUAAAAGUUCCUGGGAGAAUUGGAAUAGUGUGUAUUUUGCAUUAGCAUGUGAUUAUCUUACACACUUUUUACCAUCUGAUCCUAAUGUACUUGUCUUGCCACAUAUACCAUAUUAUAAUGGGAAGGUGCCAAUGGUAACACCUUUGCAAACUUCUAGCAGGCCUCUCUAUUCUCCUUCAUUGCUUUUAAUACCUGAUAUAUCUGGUAUGACCAAUCAACACAAUCAGCACACAACUCAGUCGCAGUCACGUAACGAAGUCUGGCGCUCCGAGACAGUAUUGCAAGUCUUUAUUGACAUUUGGAUGUGUGUGGAACAGUGUAAUACAAGCAAUGUUGAUAUGUACCAAAAAAAAUACACCACUGUAUUCUCAAGCCCAGAACGUGUAAGAACAGUGAGAGUACUUGUGAAGCAUAUACAUUCGUAUUCUGCGAAACAUUUCACAGAUCUGACAUCUCGUUCUUCUGCACUACGUAAAUACGCACGACAGAUUAUGUGUGUGCGUGGAUAUCAUUAUGUCCAACAUUUAGUUACUACAUGGCCAUUGGAUGCUUCGUUCAGACUGGUUAUGGAAUUAUGGUUGAGUCUUAUCCAGCCUUGGAGAUAUACAGAUAAUAAUAUAAAUCAAGACAGGUAUGUAACAUCAAACAAUAACCAAGAAGAAGGAAAUAGCAAUACUUUGGAUGCCAGCUUCACUCAAUACAUAGCUGAGAACUUUCCAUCUUACACUUGCAUCUUUCAAUCUGUGUUACCAAGAUUUUUGAGAUUAGAUUUGACUGCGUAUAAGAAUGCAAUUAUGUUAUUCAGGCUGGGGAAGGUAUUCUCACAGCAACAUUUGGUUCCAAUUUUAUGGAAUUUGGAGCAAGCAAUUACUGAUACAUCUUCGGGCUUACAUCAGACUCCAGACACUAGUUUCAAUAAUUCGGCUAUGGAACAAAGUUAUACAUAUAAUGGAGUGCCUUUACACAAAUGGGUUGCUGUAGCAAAACAAGCACUGUCUGAAUUUAAUUUAUCAGCAAAUUAUGAAUAUGAUCCUAUAUGGACUGACAACAAAAAGCAGUAUGCAAUUGAAUUUGUACAACGAAUCAGUGCAUCCAAAGUGAUUUCAGAAAAAAAUUUUGAUGAAAUUUGCAAGAGGAUGGGUCAACAGAAUCGAGGUGUCUGGAGAAGUAUAAAACAUUGGUUUUUGCUGGAUAAUCAAUGUGAGGAUGAUAUAUUAUUGGAGGAGACCAGAAGAGUUCCAACUUAUUUAACUGCUUCCAUUCAUCACUUCUCAAAUAUAUUUGGUUUGAGUGAAAACAUUGUACUGCCUCCUGAAUUAAUUACAGAAGAGGCAUUGGACCAUUCUUCUUUUGCCAAUUCUUCACAUUUUUCGUCGCAUAUAACUAACAAACUCAGAAGUAAGGCGACUGAAGUUCAUUAUAUGGGUGAUCCAGAUCUGAUGCCAAUAGCUUCAUAUGAAAAUACAAUAUUAGUUAGAAUGUUGUUUCAAAUAUCUUCAAGAAUUAAUGAAAUGUUCCGGGAAGAAUUAAUGACUUUAUGGAACAGAAAUAAUUUUUGGGGGUUCGUAGCUCGAGAGAUGUUACAGAGACCAUGUACCAUUCACAUGUAUAUGAAAGAUGCAACGAAUCAUCAGAAUGUUGUGAGUCAAGAUCUACCUGCGCGGUUGUCCUUAAGACGGCUGGGUUCCCACUCAUUUGUUUUCUGGAUCAGUUUAGGCUAUAUCUUUAUGAGGUUGUUUUCUUACAGCGGAUUUACAUAUGUCCUUUUCGUGAUUUUGUUUUGGGCUUUAUAUGUAUGUACAAAAGUAUGUUUAAAAAUGUUAAGAAUCAUUCAUUAACUAUGGAAUCGAUAUU